GUGUCGUCACUGUCUACUCAUGACGCAGUUGACGAUGUAAACAAGAGAAGACAGUCGAGGGCAGAAGGGAUCAAGCAGGCCGACGUCACCUCAAAUGAAAGCCGUUAAAUACUCUUUAGACGGCCGUCAUGGGGCUCCCCGUCACGAUUAAAGUCAAUUUUCGUGGGAAUGUGAAGAGAUUCCUGGCUCAGGAUGUGGACAAAUUGGAGUGGGAGUCCGUGGAAGCCUGGAUCAAAGCGUCAUUUGGGAUCAACCACUUUCAAGUUAAAUACUUUGAUGAAGAUAAUGAAGAGAUCUGCAUAAACAGUCAAGAUGAAUAUGAAGAAGCAAUCAAGAGUGCAGAGAAGCAGGGGAACCAGCUGCACAUGAAUGUGUACAAGAUGAAAGGCCAGGCAUGCGGCGGUCCUCUGAAGGCGGAGGUGAAGGAGCUUAAAGGAGACCUCCGACCUGCUCCACCUUACCCGUCAAGAGUUAAAUCCGUGGACAAAGGCACUCAGAUCACUCCAGAGCGAGAAAGCGUAGCAGUAAAAGAAAACAAGGGGAAUAAACCUGAUGAUGAUCCUCCUCCUAUGUGGUUCAGAUCGUACAUGGAGAAGUUUAAGGACGAAGUUGUAAAGGAGGUGGUGGAACGGAUGUGCAAUGACUUCUCCGGCCAGUGUUGUACUCACAAAUCCUCCGACGGGCUCCAAGAGGACUGUGGGGCCAUUGAAGGACCUAUAGGGCCCCGACCGGGCCCCUCCACCUCUAACGGAUCGCUCGGGUACACCCCAAACUGCAGCACCUGCAACAAGCUCACCUCUGAGGGGGCUUACAAGUGCAGUGUGUGCCCAUCAUGCAUCCUGUGUGAGAUGUGCAGGCACAGCCAUGAUCCGAGCCACAGCCUCGUGAGAACCAAGACGCCUCUCUCCAUCCCCGAGCAUGGAAUGUCGGGAGAGUUUAGGUUCCCAAGGCGAGGAGACAGGACUGUGCGCAAGGCCGAGAGACAGCGCCUCAAAGCUGAAAGAAGGCAGCUGAAAGCAGAGGUGAAGGAAAUCAAGAAGAAACUGAGGCUGGAGAAGAGGGGGAUGCAGUGGAGCGGACCCUCUACCUCAGACAGAGCCAGCCUGGCAAACAUGGCGUCCACAUCCACCCAGUUCCCGGCGCUGCCUCCUCCCGCUGCCUCAGAAUCAGCCUCAGGUCCCGCCACAGACCCAGGUCACAUCCCAGCCCCGGUCCCCGACCCCCAGGCCUCCAGUCCAGAGGGUCCCGGGGUCUCGCACACGUCCUUGGUGCCCACUAUGGCUGCCUUGUUUCUGGAUGAAAAUCUGCCUGAUAACACCCGUCUGGAGCCUGGUACCAAGUUCAUCAAAUACUGGAAGAUGAAGAACUCGGGCACAAUCAGCUGGACUUCAGAGACCAAGCUAGUGUUCAUGUGGGGAAACCUCGGCUUGGCGUCGGAGGAGAGGAGGGAGGUUCCAGUGCCCCUGCUGCUUCCGGGACAAGUGGGCGUGGUCAGUGUGGCCUUUGUUGCUCCCGUCAUGGAGGGGAUGUACACCUCCCACUGGCGGCUGGCGCACUGCGGCUGUCAGUUCGGCCCGCGGGUCUGGUGCAGCAUUGUGGUCGACUCUGGCAGCAGCCGCAACGGGCUCGGGCACCAAAGCAAGCGAUUGAAGGAGGAGGUGAAGCCGGCAGAGAAGGAGGUGACACCCAAGGAAAGUGGUUCUGCCUUCGCUGCAGACCUCCCCCAAGAAGACUUCUACUUCCCAUCAGUCGACCUGCUGACCGCACAGGAUCUGCUUUCAUUUGAGUUGCUGGACAUAAAUAUUGUGCAAGAACUAGAAAAAGUCCCCAACAACACUCCUGUUGCUUUGACCCCCUGCAUCUCCCCCCUCCCCAGUGAUUCAUCUUUAUUGGAAAGGACAAUGACUUCACAGAUGAAGGAUGAGUCAGAGAUCACAGGAGUCCGUAAACUCUUCGGAGUCAAACUGAGGCCCAAAGACGUGUCGGAGCCCGCAGCGCAAGACGAGGAGAAGGAGGAGGAGAUCAGUGGAGCUCAGUUCCUCUGCGAGACGGUGAUCCGCUCCCUCACGCUGGAGGAAGCCCCGGACCACAGGCCCCCGCGCCGAGCCAAGCACAGCAGCCUCAAACCGCAGGUUGUUACCCGGGGGCCCGGCUUUGGCUUUGAGAGGGGAGUCGGGGUGGAGGACAAGCAGAAGGUGAAAGUUAAGCAGGAGGAGAUUAAUGCCGACAGAAUCCAGAGUUUAGCGCCGCCUGUAAAUACCGUCUUCAACCAACUGACCCAGGGAGAGGACGACUCAAGGCCGGAUCCUGAGCUCGGAGGUGAAAAUGUAAACCUUAAUAUCAGUUCACAUCACGAUAAUGAGGACAAAGAGGUUUUGCAUGCUAUGCAAAACAUGAAGGAGAAGAAUUGUGAGAAAGAAGAAGGCAGAACCAGAGAAGACUGGGAUGAGGUCAGCAGCCAGACGUCCUCCGUCUCCUCCAGCGACGACUACAUCAUCGUCCUCCCGGACUGCUUCGACACCAGCCGGCCCCUGGGCGAGUCCAUGUACAGCUCCGCCAUGUCGCAGCCUGACACCGCCGCCGCCGCUGCCACGGCAGCUUCUUCGACCGACCCGGACCAAGAGCAGGAAAAGGACGAGCCCUGCAACUUUGAGCCAUGCAGGGAGGCGCCGCUGAUGGAGAGGGAGGAGGAAGAGACCAUCGCCGUGGAGGAGUCGCUGGGGAACACCUGGCCUCUCCACGUCUCGCCCAUCCACAGCAGCGUGAACCAGAUGCUGUGCGCGUCCCAAACGCUCGACGCCGUGACGCUCACGCCUGAAGUGGUGCCGCCGCCUGUCGUGCCUCAGCCUCUGCACCCCACACCUGUCAUCUACUCACCCAGAUCGGAGGCGCUGUAUCUGGCUGGGGAUCCCAGUCCUCCAGCCUGUGAACCGUACGAGCCGCAACAACCACGAGUUCACCUAAAUGUAUCAUCCGGUCUGUCCAGAUCAGCCGGCUCAGCAUGCAGUGCCUUUGAGGCGUACAAUCCGAGAGCGGGCAAAGCGCUGCAGCCAAGGGGCCAAGGAGGCAUCACAGAGGGACUUGUCAAAGGGGCCCUUUCUGUGGCCGCAUCUGCUUAUAAGGCUCUCUUCACUGGACCAAACUGUUCCAUACAGCGAGGGAUCGACCCUGCCAGACAGGACCCUUCCAUGAUGGCCGUGCUGCUGGAGAUGGGCUUUAAGGACCAGCGGCUCAACCAGCAGCUGCUGAGGAAGCACGGCUACAACCUGCUGCACACCGUCAACGAGCUGGUCCAGAUGGCCGAGGAGAGCCAGAAUGAAGCUGCUGACCCUCCGCAAUGAAGGCGCCUAGACUCAUAGGAAAAAAUUAUCUCAGCUUUUGAGCUUAAUUUAAAAAGAGCAAUUAUAGAGUUGGGCUUUUAAAUGCCUCAUCUUCUUGUGUUUGGAUUUUUUUUGUUUGUUUGCUUUUUCAACAUUACACUACACUUUUUGUCUCCAAAUAUAUGGAAGAAAAAUUGAGAAUAUAUAUAAUGGCUUCUCUUUCCCAUUUUAAUUUAGCUUUACCGCUUUCUUCAAGUUAGCCAUCUACUGUACACCUUCUUGUAAAUGAUUCUUGUCGGUAGCUUUGUUUACCUGGGCCGUUGAGUUGUAUGUGUUGGUCAAAAAUGAGCGAAAACUGAAAUAUCGAUGAGUUAAGUGUUUUUCCAUCCCUGUGUUUGUAUGGCUGAUGUAGCUGCUUCCUCAGCGCUGUAAAAUAAUUGUGCUCUCUUAAGGUCGCACUAAUAUAUAGAGGUGAAAAUGAAACUUUGUGAGGUGAACCGGGUCAGAAAGGCUAGCUGUGGAGUAAACUGAUGCUACUGAUGCUGCAUGGGUUAAGAGUCAGAGUGCAGUAAUAAGAAUAAAUAUUUAAGUUUUUUCUUUUUCUUUUUUUUUCUUUACUUAUUGUAGUGAAAUUUGCCUAACAAUGCAAUCUUCUUCUGUAUCAGAGUACUGUUAUUUUAGACGUUGACAUGUGGAAUGUAAACCAAACUCUCAGAACGGAUCACUGUUCAAAUUUGGAUGUUUUUGGACACCUGCAUGAUGAAUAGAGGCUAUUAGAGACGAGUCAUGUUCUUGUGGUCUUAGCACAGUCACAGUGAAACAAAAACACAGCUUUGUGACAUCUUUUAUCAUCCCCCUUUCCCUGCAUUUUUACGUCUUGGUCAAAAACUCAAAGUGAAACCCAGCAACUUUCAGUUAGCACUAAUUAAACUGAGAUGUCUCUUAAAACACAUUCCUCAAGCUUAUGGACCCAAGUAUAUUUGAUUUGAUUGCGUUGCCUCUUGUGUGCGAUGAUGAUUAGUUUACCGAAACAUGCUUGUCAUGUAAGCUGACAUUGUGUUGUGUCUGGACUUAACUUUGCGCGCGCGCGUGUGUGUGUGUGUUUGAGCUUUUUAGGAACCAUCGUUUUCUUAUGUUUACAAUUGUUCAAGUAAAGAGAAAAAAAACAACAUGCUCUUAAGAGUAAUUCUGAAUAUAUCUACCUUGCUUGUCAAAUUAUUCUUCUGCAACAGAGUGUACACUUUAAAUACUCUUCUCCCAAUCUGCCAAUAAACUCUUUGCCCAUCUGCUUCUUUCCACCUUGACACUGAAAAUCUAGAGAUGUAGGUCUGAAAGUUGGUACAGAAAAUAAAUCCUUUAAGAUUCA